AUGACUCCACUCAAGAAUGUUAAAGCUGAUUUGGAUCCUGUUAAUGGAAGACUUCAACUCAUCUCUGCUGUGCAACAGGACACAAGUAACCAACCAAGUACUUGUGACGAUUCAGCUAAGCCAUCAGUGAUACAGAAGUUGUCAGAGCUUAGACCACUAGAAAUGAACCAGGGAACAGAGAAGCAGCUGUCCGACCUGUUAUCCAAGUACAUCACAUGUUUAGUAUCCAACAUCAAUGACAGAUUUCAGGAAUCCUUGCCUGUUGUGAGUGCAUUUCAAGUCUUUGAUCCAUUGCUAGUUCCAGAUGUUGGAGGUGUCGGUUUUUCUGACUAUGGUGAGAUUGAUGUGAAAACAAUGGCAGACCACUUUUAUUCAGAA